CAAUGACUACAACCACAGAGCACAGGGAACCGAAUCCCACAUGCGCAAGGGCCAGAGGCCACGUUGGGUUUUUUUUUUACUCAGCAGGACCGAGUACAUCAAUCCCUUUUAAAAUUCAAAAGACAACAGGUACUCCCGAGCUCAUCCAAACGAACCCCUAUUCACUUCUCUCCCCUUUCAACGACCCCUUCGCUGCUGUGAGCAUCAAGCAACCCACCAGCUGAGAUUUUAAUAUCAAUCUCUCUCUCUCACCAGCAGACCCCACCUCUCACCAUCUCUCUCCAUAAUCUAAAGCUUAGCUUCAAUUUUGUACUUAAAUUAUUGCAGAGAAGCUUCUUAAAUUUUCAGCUGACCAUUAUUUUUACCCCCCUAAAGAUUAAAAAUAAAGGACUCUGGCUCCUGCACUACAGGGAGAGGGAGGGGGGAACGCAGGAAGCGAGUGACCUCAGAUCUGCUAGCUUUGUUCUCCUCCUCCUCCCCCAUCUCUCUGUUUCUAUAUGUACCAAUCUAAACCAAAGCUUGAAAGAUGUUCAGGGCAGCAAGAUGGAGGAGCGAGAAGAACAAGAUCAAAGCUAUGUUCAAAUUGCAGUUCAAAGCAACCCAGGUGCCUGGAAAAGGAUGGGAAGCAGUGAUGGUAACUUUGGUCCCCGUGGAUAUCGGAAAGCCUAGCUUGAGAUCAGAGAAGAUCGCAGUUGUUAAUGGAGAGUGUCGAUGGUUGAAUCCAAUGUAUGAAACGGUGAAGCUCACCCAGGAUCAGAAAACUGGGAAGAUCAGUGAUAAAGUUUACCAGUUCAUUGUUUCUGCAACUGGACAGGCGAAAACAGGGGUAUUAGGAGAAAUCAAUGUUAAUUUGGCAGAGUAUGCUGAGGUGUACAAACCUACCUCAGUUUCUCUCCCUCUGCAAGAUUCAAAUAAUGGAGCCAUCCUGCAUGUAACCAUACAGAGGGUACAGAAUGAUGCCCAAGGAAGAGAAGCUGUAGAAAAUGGAGAAACCCCAAAAGAAGGUAAUGAAAACAAAGGCAACUUUGCAAAAUCACCGAGAAUUACACUGAAGAGCCAGUUAAGCAAUCCAGAGAAUGAAGAAGGUGGCAAAGCUGAUACUGGUACAAAUGAUAUAAAUGCAGCUGAAGAAGGAUCCUUUAUAAAUAGCAAGGCACUGGUUAAGUUCCAUUCCAGCAGAAAUAUGCCUAGCCAUGGCGAUUCAAGUGGCGACCUUGGAAAAUCUAGUAGCUUUGAUGGUGUAUCAGCAUCAGGUUCAGAGAGCAGUUCAGGACAAUAUACACCAAAAGAGAAUGGAAUCAAGAAAUGCACUGUCCAUCAGGAAAAUGCGAGCGUGCUAUCACCCCUCAGCAACAGUGAUACCCCUCAAAAUACUGAUUGGUCUGUGAGCAUAGAACUGGAUAGAAGCAUUGCUGGAUCUACAAAUAGUUCAGGAGCUUGA